CCACGCAAAGCAGGUCCCGUCUUGCUAUCGGCGUUCCGCCGGUCGGCCCGGGGUCCGUAGUACACAAGCUCCACCCGACAAACAUGAAAAAACCAUCCCUAGAUUAUUGUUUUCCUGCAUUAGAUGGUGGGGGGAUUAUUUCCAGUCGUUGACAGCCUGGUAGGGGACCCCACCGCUCAGACGAUUAGCGGCCACAUGGCAGGCAGCCCACGGGGACUCAUUGAGAGAUCGGCAAUAUUGACCGGCAUGCAUCCUUGUCCCAUGCAGACCCCAAUGCCCUGGAGCCGGGGUCCGGUUUGGGAAGCGACUAGCCCCGCUCAUAAGCCGGGUUCUUUCCCACGGGGAGCUCCGAUACCUUCCUGGCCUUCCCCAAAAGUUGAUAUUUAGGAUGAUCCAUUCCCCUCCCAGCCAGGUCUUUGGUCACGACACGAGUUAACCCCCUCUUCUUGCGAAACUCCUAGACCAAGGCUGUGGACAAUGGCGGAUCUUCGACCGGUUGAAACAAACGUCAGCGAGCAUCCAGAGGAUGGCAAACGUGUCCCUGAGCUCAAUGCCGAGCAGGAGAAGAGUGCUGUCGGAUACAGAGAAUAUGUCCAAGGUCUAGAUAUCGAAGUCUCGGACAGAGAGAACAGGAGAGUCAGAUGGAAGAUCGACCUCAUCGUCCUCCCGAUCUUCCUGAUCACCCAGGCUCUGCAGUUCAUGGACAAGACUGCCCUGAACUAUGCGAACCUCUUCGGGUAUCAGGCUGCGCUGAACCUCAAGGGCCAGCAGUUCAACUAUCUGUCUGCCAUGGUGUAUGCCGGUUACUUCUUCGGCCAGUACCCCUGCGGUUGGCUCAUUGGCCGGUUCCCUGCCCAGAAGGUCAUUGCCGUCAGUAUUAUGAGCUGGGGCGUGCUGGUCAUUCUCAUGACACAAUGCCACAACUAUUCAAGCGCAUUGGCUGUGCGAUUCAUCAUGGGAGUGUUUGAGGCCUCGGUGACACCCGGCUUGACCCUUAUGACAGGUUUCUGGUAUACCCGAAGGGAGAUUCCUCUGCGACAGUGCAUUUGGUACUCUGCUCUUGGCUGGGGCGGUAUUAUCGGUUCAUAUAUUUCCAUGGGCGUGUCCAAGCUACCGGAGACCAUGACUCCAGCUCGUUGGCAGCUGAUCUUCUACAUUCUCGGCGGUGUCACCUGCCUGUGGUCAUUUGUUGUCUACUUCGUCUUGCCCGAUGCGCCUUCCAAUGCCAGUUUCCUGAACGAGCGCGAACGAAUCGUUGCCGUGAAGCGUGUGGCCGGGAACGAGACCGGUAUCAAGAAUAAGGCCUUCAACAAGAAGCAGGCUCUUCUGGCCUUCUACGACGUGAAGGCAGUGCUGCUUUUCAUCUCCGUCUUUGCGGCCGCGAUCCCCAAUGGAGUCGUCAACUCGUUCUCUACAGUCAUCAUUCGGGACAUGGGCUUUACGACCACGAAAACAACGGCACUUAAAUCCGUCGGAGAUGCCGUCCAGAUCGUAGCCCUCUUCAUUGGCGGCGCAAUUACGCUCAACAUCCGCAACUCCCGACUCCUCACCGCCACGACGGCCAACAUCCUCUGCACCCUCUCAGCCGCCCUGCUCGCCUACCUGCCCCGGUCCAACACCUGGGGCCGCCUGGUCUGCUUCUGGUUGACAAACGCGCAGUCCGUCGGCUUCACCGUCUCGCUGACGACCAUCUCGUCCAACAUGGCCGGCUACACGCACCGCUCGUUCGCCAGCGCCCUGAUCUUCACCGCAUACUGCUGGGGCAACUUCGCGGGCCCGUUCGUCGUCAAGCCAUCCGAGGCGCCGUACUACCGCGGCGCGACCAUCGGGCUCCUGGUGGGCUACGCCAUCAAGCUUGGGUGCCAUCUGCUGCUUCUCGUUUACAUGUUCACGGCCAACAGGCGGCGCGAUCGCGUAUAUGGGCCUCCUAAUAAGGAGUCGAGUGACGAGGCGGGCAUGCAGGACAAGACAGAGUUUGAGAAUAAGGACUUCCGUUACGUGCUGUAAGGAUGGGAAGACAGGCGCUCGUGAGACGUAAUAGCUCGUCGGCUGUCAGACAUGGCGUGUAAAUGCUAGAUUCAAAUAUUUGUCAUCGCAUAGAUGGCAAUGGCUAGAUAAUACAGCCGGUAUAUCUGUUGAUCAGAACUUCCGCAGGUCGGAGCUAUAAACCAGUCACCCUGUGUGUUUGUUCACCAGCACGGAUCAUCACAAG